AUGGUAACCAAAGUGCCCAACACCGCAUUCCUGCAUUUGCUCGACACCAAACACAUCAUGAACCCCCUCACUGCUCUGCUCACCUUGAUGACGGCCGCCGCCACCUCCGCCACGACCUACUGCGGCGACUCGGCCCUCAAGCUCACCUCGUACAACCCCGGUGCUUCUGCCAUCUUCCCCGUCUCGUCCGUGCUCGUGUCGGGUCAGAAGGACGCCAUCCUCGUCAACGCGCAGUUUGGCAAGUCCCAGGCGCAGGCCGUCGUCGACCUCGUCAAGGCCAGCGGCAAGCACCUCACCACCAUCUACGUGAGCCACGGCGACCCCGACUACUACUUUGGCCUCGACACGAUCCGCGCCGCGUUCCCGGACGCUGCCAUCGUGGCCACGGCGCCUGUCGUCGAGCACAUCAAGGAGACGGUCGACGCCAAGCUCAAGACGUGGGCCCCUGUGCUUGGUGCUGACGCGCCCGCCAAGACCAUCUUUCCGGACGUCUUGAAGACCGACAAGCUCACGCUUGAAGGCCACUCGCUCGAGAUCCGUGGUCCCGCGGCCCGCAGCUACGUGUGGAUCCAAGACCUCAAGGCCGUCGUCGGCGGUGUCUUGCUCGAGAACAACAUCCACGCGUUCAUGGCCGACACGCAGACGCCCGAGUCGCACACCGAGUGGCUCAAUGCGUUGGCGGAGAUCGAGGCGCUCAAGCCCAGCGUCAUCGUGCCGGGCCACGCGAUCGUCGGUGAUGUCGCCGACAUUGACUCGCCCGCGUUCACGGCCAAGUACAUUCGCGACUUUGACAUGGAGACGCCCAAGGCUGCCAACAGCACGGACCUUAUUGCGGCCAUGACGGCGUUGUAUCCCAAGGCUGGCAGCGUCAUCAGUCUCGAGAUCAGCGCGCAGGUCGCCAAGGGUGAGAUGCCGUGGCCGUAA